UCGCUCUUAGUCAAGCCCAAGAAGGGAAGAGGAAGCGGUAGGUACAGAUAAUGUUUGGUCUCUUUAUGAAAUGUAAACCUGUGAAAAUCAGGAGCUGCACUGAGAACAGAAAGUAUGGCGUAGCAGCUAAAAACUUGAAGGAGUUGCUCAAAAAAGGCUGCAAGACAUUACAGUUGCCACUGGCAGGUGCACGGGUGUGUUUGUAUGCUGAUGGGACACAAGUGACGGAGGAGUUUUUCCACACUCUGCCUGAUCACACUGAACUGGUUCUUCUGUCCAGAGAGCAGUCUUGGAGUGGAGCUCUAUGCGACAUAGGUCAGUUGCUGUGCCCAGACCAACACGGGGAUGACCUCAUCAAAGCAGCCAGGGGUCUUCUGUAUGAUGAGAAGUCUCCCAGGAGACGUAAAAUCCUGACUGACCUGCUGCAGAACCUGGAGGAUACGUCUGAGCUGGAGAGCAGAGAGGAAGAUGAGGAGUGGUUUAAAGGCAUUGAUGCUCGCUUCAAGACCAAGUCAGCCUACAUGAAGUUCAACUGUGAAAGCAGGAUUAGAGGUUACAUGAAGGAGGUGGAUGAAGCCACCAAAAGCAUUCAGAAAGCUACAGUCAAGGCAGAGUACUUGAAAACAUCCCAGUGUCUGAGUGACAUGCUAAAAGCAGACAGAUACAACAGCUCUUACUUUGACAGGACUGAAAAGGAAGUGGAUCGUCUCUGUACUCAGGAAGGAUGGUUCACCUGUCAGGGAUCAUUUGACUUGGAAGUGUGUCUGUCCCUACAUUCAAUUAAUCCCUACAGCAGCAGAGAAAGUAGGAUCAUCUUCAGCACGUGGAAUCUGGACCAUAGGAUAGAGAAGAAGAGGACCAUCAUUCCAGCUCUGACUGAAGCUCUGCAAAAUCACAAGUCUGCUGAUGUCAACCUGACCUACUUCUACCGCCUGUUGUUCACAAGGGAGAACCUGAAGCUGGUUCACAUCGUGUGCCACAAGAAAGGAGCCCACAACCUGCUGUGCGAUUCCAAGAAGAUUUUCAGACAAGACAGGAACAAUAACAAGAAAAAUCCAACAAAGAAGAGGCGCUUGAUGUAAUCAACCAAACCUUUAAUGAGCACAUUUUACAAACACUGUGUUAAAUGUGAUGAUGUGAUGUCACCCUUGACCAUGUAGAAAAAUGGACGUUUCCGUCACUGACACUGGAGCAACUUCCUGCAGUAGCUUUGUAUAAAUGUAAACAUACGGCCACUCAAUCUGGCCCUCUGACUGACAAGAACUUUUAGUGGCAUUAUUCCAACAGUUUUAAACU